AUGACCGACUACAACUCGACCGCCCGGGCUCUGGCGUUACCUGUAGACGAACAAGAACGCCGCUCUCAAUCCAACUCGCCCGUGUUUUCUCGACGAUCAACCUCGAUUCCCCGUUCAAAUCGCCGAGCAAAGUCAGGCGGCAUACUGGCUCAGGCAGCCAAGCUACAACGCAAUGCUGCAAAAACAUUCUUCGGCCUUAGCCCUGCAAAACGCAUCCUGUUAGUCAUUGCAGGCAUUGCAACACUCGUGCUUGGUAUCUUAUUCCUUGUGUACAAUGAGAAGAUCUUCCAUGCCAUGUCGCCCGUGGCUAAGCGCUGGAGGAAUAUCACAGGCGGCUGGUUGAUUCUGUGGGCUGCGACCUUUUUUGUCAGCUUCCCACCGCUGAUCGGGUAUUCUACCUGUGUGACACUUGCUGGGUUCGUCUAUGGUGUACCAAAGGGAUGGCUCAUUGCAGCAUCCGGUACAAUCAUCGGCAGCACGGCCUCAUUCCUAGCAUCACGCACGCUUCUAAGAUCAUACGUGACACGACUCACAGAAAACGACAAGCGAUUCGCAGCACUCGCCUUGACUCUGAAACAUGACGGCAUCAAGCUUCUGAUGAUGAUCAGACUGUGCCCACUACCCUAUUCACUCUCGAACGGAGCCAUCUCUACAAUUCCCACUGUGCAAUGGCCACAAUUCAUGGCAGCAACGGCAGCAGCAACUCCCAAGCUGAUUCUACAUGUAUUCGUGGGUAGCCAGCUCGGACGUAUUGCCGACAGCGGAGACAAGAUGGAUGCCAAAACAAAGGCCAUCAGUUAUCUCAGCAUCGCGAUUGGGCUGACUGCAGGUGUAGCUACAGGGUGGAUCAUGUACACCAAGACGAAAGCCAGAGCUCAAGAGCUGGAGGCUGAAGAGCGUGAAGCUGCUAUUCGUGGUGAAGCUCCGGAUGGGGAUGAGUUUGACGAGGAGGGCAGAUACGAAUACUCGGAUGAUGCUAUGGAGAGGGAAGCAACCGAGGCAAUUCGUGGCGACGAUGGUAUUAGUCUGCGUAGCGACCAGGAAUACCGCGACGACUUUGACGAUGAUGCUGACGAUGCUCAAGAUCUCGACAAGGUGUUCCGACACGGCGAUGGAGACGAAGAGGAAGGGUUUAGAGAUAGAGUAGACAGGCACUAG